AUGCGUGUUUCAAAUGAUCACUGGACUACUAUAUUAGAGUUUUCCGAAUUACACAAGGAAAUAAUAACUAACCGAUUUAGCACCCACUUCAACGGGAAACAGAAAAAUGUGGAGUUAUGGGAAGAUUUGGCCACCAAAUUAAAUAGUCUAGGCCAAGGUGAAAGGUCUGUUGAAGAAUGGAAAAAAAAGCUUGCAGACUGGAAAUCAAAAACCAAAGCUAAAUCUGCUAAAAUAUAUAAGUAUAUUCAUGGCACUGGUGGAGGUCCUUCUAUCAAUAUAAAGCUAACAACUUUGGAAGAAAAACUUUUGAGCCUGAUGGGAACUGCAGCUGCUUAUGGGGAUAAGACUGUUGCAGAGAAAGGUGGGGGUACACAAAAAGACUCAAAACACAAUCAUAAUGAAAUAAUUCAAUGUCUGGUUCCCUCAUUAGUAGGUCUUAAGAGGAAAUUGAAUGAACAUGUAGAGGAAAAAAAGCAAAGUCUAGGACCAAAUGGUGCUCGAAGUGAAGAAUACAUAAAAGAUCCCAGGAAUUCAAGCAAAAAUCAGCAGAUGAGAAUAUCAUAA